GCUUCUGAUCUGUUCAUGGUGGAAAGAAAAUGGGAAUAACAAAUGGAAGAAAAGAGGAGACUUCCAUGAAGACUAUCCAAAUUCUAAUUGAGGCCCUUCCACUUUCUUCCCCCAUAGAUUGCUUGCAGAAUUACCGAAGUUGAUGAUCUUUCUCUUCCACAAUGGCCGUCGCCGGAUUUUAUCGUAGAGUUCUUCCCUCUCCUCCGGCUAUAGAUUUUUCUUCUUCCGAUGGAAAGCGUCUGUUUACUGAGGCGCUUGGAGACGGAACCAUGGAAGGGUUUUUCAAGUUGAUUUCUUACUACCAAACGCAAUCGGAACCUGCUUAUUGUGGACUUGCCACCCUUGCCGUUGUCCUCAAUGCUCUUUCUAUUGAUCCUGGUAGAAAAUGGAAAGGUCCGUGGAGAUGGUUUGAUGACACUAUGCUGGACUGCUGUGAACCUUUGGCAAAGAUCAAAACUGAUGGCAUCACAUUUGGCAAGGUUGCUUGUUUGGCUCGCUGCAAUGGUGCUAAAGUGGUAUCUUUUAGGGCAAAUGAAAGCACCAUCGACGAUUUUCGCAAGUAUGUCGUGUCAUGUUCAUCUUCUGAGGAUUGUCAUGUGAUCACUUCCUACCAUAGAGGAGCUUUUAAGCAGACUGGAAGUGGCCAUUUUUCCCCAAUUGGGGGUUAUCAUACUGGAAAAGAUAUGGUUCUCAUCUUGGAUGUUGCGCGUUUCAAGUAUCCUCCUCACUGGGUUCCUCUUACCCUACUGUGGGAUGCCAUGAACACAAUUGACAGUGCAACAGGACUACCUAGAGGCUACAUGAUUUUAUCAAAGCUUCCCAGGGGACCGUCUAUUCUUUACACUCUGAGUUGUCAGCAUGACGGUUGGAAUAACAUUAUAAAAUACUUAACAGAAGAAAUUCCCCAACUUCUGAAAACAGAAGAUGUGAAAGAUGUAAGGGAAUUACUUUCUGUAGUAUUUAAAAUGCCACCUCCAAAUCUCAGACAAUUUAUCAAGUGGGUUGCAGAAGUCCGGGAGAAAGAGGAUGGGAAUGUAAAACUAAAUGCAGAGGAGAGAGGAAGACUAGCUGUCAAGGAAGAGAUAUUGGAACAACUCCGAGCGACUGAACUCUUCAAACAUGUCAAACAAUGGUUGGCAUCUGAGACACUAUGCAAAGGCUUGACAUCUUCGUUUGACAAAGAUGAAUUACAUGCAAUUGCUGCAAGUGUUUGUUGUCAAGGGGCAGAAACUUUAGGUGGGGAACAAUGCUGGGCUGAUCGAAGUUGCUGCAAAACCGAUAUCCAUCAUCUGAAUGGUGAAAAUGAGAAGGCAGCAGUGGUGGUGUCAGGGAGCGUUGUUAGUAAUGUUAGUACUAAACAAGGGGUAGAUAUGUUGGUACCUUUGUGUAAAACAGAUGAGUGUUGUUGUGAGUGGCCAUCUGUUGUUGAUGUUCUAACCAUAUUGUUGCUAUCACUGCCCCAACAUAUUUGGUCCACCGUUAAAGAAGAGAAGCUGUUGGCAGACAUUAACACACUUGUUGCAGAAAAGAACCUUCCUGCUUCGCUUCAGGAUGAGGUUCUGCACUUGAGACAACAAAUGCACCUUCUUAUGACUGAUCUCGGCUCUCAAUAAUCUUCUUCAUAUUUCAUUCGUCGGUAAUGUUGAGAAUUUAUAUUUUAUUGUGUCUGGUUGAAUUUUCAUCUCAUUUCUUGUAUAAAACUAGCUGCUAAUGAAGUUUGUGUUAGUAUUGCGCUAUA